AUGAAUGCACUGCUUUUGGUGGGGGGGUAUGGAACACGCCUACGACCUUUGACCUUAACUACCCCCAAACCUUUAGUUGAUUUUUGCAAUAAAGCUAUUUUAGAACAUCAAAUCCUUAAUUUAGCAAAAUCUGGAGUAAAUGAAAUAAUAUUAGCAAUCGCAUAUAAACCAGAUAAUAUAAAAAGCUUUGUAAAUAAUUUACAACAAAAAUAUAAUGUUAAAAUAUUUUUUUCAAUUGAAAAUGAACCAUUAGGAACAGGAGGCCCAAUAAAACUAGCUGAAAACUUUUUAUCAAAAUAUGAUGAUUUUUUUGUUUUUAAUUCAGAUAUUAUUUGUUCCUUUCCUUUAAUCGAUAUGAUGAAAUUUCAUAAAGAAAAUAAAUCUUUAUUAACAAUUAUGGUAAAAGAUGUCGAUGAUCCUAGAUCAUUUGGCGUUGUAAUAACAGAUAAUGAAAAAAAAAUUCUUAAAUUUGAAGAAAAACCAUUAAUUCCUGAAUCAAGUUUAAUAAAUUCAGGAAUAUAUAUUUUAAAUAAAAAAAUAUUAAAUUUUAUUCCUAAAAGAAAUACAUCUUUAGAAAAAGAAAUAUUUCCAAAUUUAGCUACAGACAAUUUGUUAUAUUUUUAUAAACUAAAUGGUUUUUGGGCAGAUAUUGGAAAACCUUCUGAUUUUUUAAAAGGUCAAUCAUUAUAUUUAAAUAGUUUUCAAAAUUUAGACAAAUUAAAAAAUGACAAAGAAAAAACUAUUAUUCCUGACCAGCUAUUAAUUUGUUAUAAUAUAAAUGAAGAUGAAAAUAAAGAUAUAAAAAAAAAUAAAUUAUUUAUAUCGUUUGAAAAUAUUGAAGAAUUAAAUAAAUUUGAUGAAAAUACAAAUCAAGUUUUAAAUAAUAUAAAAAACUUUUAUAUAAAAAUAGAAGGAAAUGUUUUAAUAUCCUCAAAUACUGUUAUAAAAAAUAAUUGUUUUUUAGGAGAAAAUGUGGUUUUAGGUAAUAAUGUUAUAUUAGGUGAAGGGUGCAGAAUAAAAAAUUCAUGUAUUCUUAGGGAUUCUGUUAUUAAUUCAUAUAGUUAUAUUGACAAUUCUAUAAUUGGCUCAAAAUCUUGUAUAGGGAGCUGGGCUCGAAUUGAAGGGUUGUGUGUGUUAGGAGAAAAUGUUAAUUUAAAACCCGAACUUUUUAUAAAUAAUGUGUUUAUCCUUCCAUAUAAAGAAGUGACUAAUUCUAUUUACGAUAAAGGUGCAAUUAUUAUGUAG